GCAACACAUGAGAGGAUGACGAAGAACAAGACAGGAGCGAUUGUUGCGUGCACAUUUCCAGUGGUUUUGUUUGUUUUUGUUGCUGCUGACGCUGAAUGACGACUACGACAACAAUGCUUCUUGCCAAGACUGCUGCUGCUGCUGCUGUUCGCCAAGCCCUGCUGGCUCGGCCCCUGGGCGCCGUCAGCAAGCGCUUUGCUAGUUCCGGCCUGAGCUUUGAGCUCUCUGACGAACAGCGUGCUCUGGACGACCUGAGCAAGAAGUUCGCCGUCAACGAGAUUGCACCUGCCGCAGCUCAUCAUGACAAGACGGGCGAGUUUCCAUGGGACCUCGUCAAGAAAGCACACGAGCUCGGUUUGAUGAACGUGCACAUCCCGGAGGCGUACGGCGGUCUUGGCCUUGGCGGCGUCGACUGCUGCAUCGUUUCCGAGAACCUCGCGUACGGGUGCAGUGGCAUCUCCACCGCCAUUGGCGGCCCCACCCUCGCGGAGUCCCCGCUCAUCGUCGGCGCCAGCGAGGACAUCAAGAAGCGCUACCUCGGCAGGAUGACGGAGGAGCCCCUCAUUGCCUCCUACUGCGUCACGGAGCCAGGCUGCGGCAGUGACGUCGCGAACGUUCAGACGUUUGCGGAGAAGCGCGGUGACGAGUGGGUGAUCAACGGCAACAAGGCCUGGAUCACGGGCGCAGGGCACGCCAACUGGUUCUUCGUCCUCGCUCGCACAGAUCGCAACGCCAAGCCCGGAAGCGCGUUCACCGGAUUUGUUGUCGAUGCGGACACGGCUGGCGUCAUCCUUGGCAAGAAGGAGCCCAACAUGGGCCAGCGUGCAUCAGACACGCGCACGGUGACGUUUGAGGAUGCUGUUGUUCCUGACGCAAACCGCGUUGGCGACGUUGGCUUCGGCUUCAAGCUCGCCAUGAAGGCGUUCGACAUCACCCGACCAGAGGUUGCUGCUGGCGCCGUUGGCGUUGCUCAGCGUGCACUGGACGAGGCGCUCAAGUAUUCGCUUGAGCGCAAGACGUUUGGCGUGCCCAUCAUUGGACACCAGGCCGUGUCCUUCAUGCUCGCCGACAUGAAGAUGGGCGUGGAUGCCUCGCGUUGGCUGACGCUCCGCUCUGCAUGGGAGCUUGACGCUGGCCGCCGUCCAACGUUCUUUGCCAGCAUGGCCAAGGCCUUUGCUGCCGAUCACGCCAUGAAGUGCACGACAGACGCCGUCCAGAUCUUUGGCGGAAACGGCUACAGCUCGGACUACCCCGUGGAGAAGCUGAUGCGUGACUGCAAGAUCUUCCAGAUCUACGAGGGCACGUCGCAGAUCCAGCGCCACAUCAUCGCCCAGACGAUGGCCGAGAUGGCCAAGCAGGGCGCCAUGUGAUGAUCGUGCCGGCAAUCACAUGACUGCUCCACACAUCUCCCUCACUUUGCAUCUGUUUUGUGUUUGUGUUCGCGGUUUUCUGCGCCAGUGUCCUGCACCGCAGCCGUUAGCCACCACGUGAUGGUUGUUCUUGCUUUCGUCCUCACCCUCCGUUGUUCCAAUACCCCAAUACACACGACAGCUUUCUAUGUUUGGCCAGCAGUUGUGUGGAAUCAUUUAUGGAUGCAUGGCC